AUGCGUUUUCCUUUUUGCAUACCAUUUGGUUGCGGUUCGGGCAUUGAUAUACUCGAGAAACGCCAAUAUAAUUUGCAUGAAGUGCCGCAGGACGUCAGUCGAAGUGUGCAUACUUUGGAGGAGAUUUAUCUUGAUGGCAACCAAAUAAAAACCAUCCCGGAUAUGGCAAAAAAGAGGAGUAAAGAGGUCUUACAGGCUGUUUUCCGAUGCCACAAGUUGAGGAUAUUGUCUUUGGGCCAAAAUCGUAUUCAGCGUUUGCCUUCGAUGGUUCGAUCGCUUUCAGCUCUCCAAGAAUUGACAAUCGAUGACAAUGAAUUAACUGAUAUACCAUCUGAAAUCGCUGAAUGUAAUAAUUUACGUGUUCUUGAUAUUCGUUUAAAUCCAUUAUCGAGGUUUCCCGAUAAUGUCUUAAAAAUUAUUUCAUUAACUCAUUUGAACCUCUUUGAAACCUCAUUAACAUAUUUGCCACCUGAUAUUGAUCUCUUGGUGAAUUUGCGCUCGCUAGAUGUUCGGGAAAAUCAACUGCGCACAUUACCAGCUUCUAUUGGUUCACUCAGAAAUCUUCAUCAACUUGAUAUUGGUCAUAAUGAAAUCUCCUUUUUGGUAGGCAUCUUGCCGUUUGAAUUAGGAUCAUUGGAAAAUCUCGAAGAAUUUUAUGCAGACAACAAUUUCCUCACCUCUUUGCCUGAAUCGUUUAUCCGUUGCUAUUCAUUGCGAGCUAUCGAUCUGUCACAUAACGAAAUUAUUUCAUUACCGAAUGAACUAGGUUGCUUGGAAAAAUUAAGUGAGUUGAUCGUAUCUGAGAACAGUAUUACAACUCUCCCGAAUUCCAUAGGAAAACUUAAGAAUCUAACAAUACUGAAAGCCGAAAUGAAUAAUCUUACUGAGAUAACACCAGCACUUAGCAGUUGUUCAUCGCUCGUUGAGCUCUAUCUUUCGUUUAAUAACAUUGAGGCAAAUUUUCCUUUAUUAUCAUUAAUUUUUAUUUCCUUUAUUAUCAUUAAUUACUUCCUACUGUUUCUACCAUCUUGUAUUGGUAAUCUUCAUUCACUUAAUGUAUUGUAUAUGGAUCGAAAUAGCCUGAAUGAAAUACCAUCAACAAUCGGAUGUCUUUCCAAAUUGUCCAUUCUUACACUUCGAGCUAAUCGUAUUCACGAUUUGCCUCUAGAGAUUGGACGUUUGACUAAUCUUCGAGUUCUUGAUAUUUGCGACAACUGUCUGCCAUAUCUACCAUUUACUAUGACUGUUCUCUUUAAUCUUCGUGCUCUUUGGUUGUCGAUCGACCAAGUUACUCCUCUCAUCCCCUUGGAAACAGCUCAAGAUCCUGCAACUCGUGUUAAAGUUCUGACAUGCUAUUUAUUGCCACAAGGAAAAUGUCAAGAAAUGUUGCUGAAACACAAACAUGUUAAUCGAAGUGGGGUGGUCAACUUCAAAGAUGAUAUUGGUGAGUCUGAAAUUCGUGAAUCUGUGUUCCAGCGCCGUGGCACUCCGCAUCCAAAAUCGCGUAAUCGUUCUGGAAUUUCUCGAAGACACAGCAUCGAUGGCCGAUUUAUUCGUCAUGUAGAAGAUAGUUCUCAGGAAAGUGAUAAGAACGCCGAGUCUUUGCGAAGGAAAAGUGUUGGCGAUAAUCCAUCUUGUGAGUCAGCAAAUAAAGUGGAUCUAAAGCAUAAAAAUAUGCGCUUACUUCAGGAAUUAUCGAAACAGCCUUUGUUCUUGGAAAAACAAAAACAAUCAGCUAAUGCCGAAUUAUCAACAACUGUGCUUAAUAUUAAACUAAAGAGAGAUCCCGUUAUAGGCUUUGGUCUUUCUAUUGCUAGAGGGCGAGGAGCUGAACCUUAUAAAGAAGGAGAUUCUGGUCUAUUUAUAUCACACAUCGUGGAAAAUAGUCCUUCAGCAUCAGCCAAUCUUCAAGUAGGCGACAAAUUAAUUUUAGUGAAUGGCGAAGCUGUCGCUAAUAAAUUUCAGCAUGUGGUUGCUGAAAUGAUGCAAAGUAAAGAUCCAUUGGAACUGGUCGUGCAGCGAGGUUGCACGGUUGAAAGUUUCGACAGUUUACUAGAUUCACCUGUCUUGAGACAUAAAGAAAUCUCUACAGUAGAAAUAGUUGCGGCAUCUUUAAGAAAAGGCUUUGAUGGAUCAUUUGGAAUCACGAUCGAUUCCGCUGACGAACCACCAGAUAGCGAACAUAUUGUUAUAUCCUCAUUUGAUAAUAGUAGCGCUCACACCAAUGGAUCAAUUAAAAUAAAUGGUCAUGUUUUGAAUAAUAAAUCAUUAGAAUUUGCCAGAUCACUAAUAUAUGAUGAAACUAUUACCGAUUUGUUUCUGGUUUUGGAGCGUCCAUCAUUUUCUUUUCGAUCGAAGCAAUCGCUGAAUUCAAUGGAAUCAAAAAUUUGUGAAAAAUCGUCUACUUCAGGAGUGGAUUCUGAUGAAUUUUCAGUUGCUCCUACCAAAACAAAUGCAGCUGAUUUUCACAGUAAUAUGAACCAAUUUUUUCAUGAAAAUAAUUUAGUUCGCGAGGCGAAGAAAAUAAUGCCACUAAAUUUGCAAGCGCCUGCUAUCAAAAGAACAAACCGCCCUCCUGUACCACCUAAGCCAAAAAAUGCCAUCACUUUUCCGAACACAUUGAGCAAGCAGUCUAAGAAUAGUGAACAAGCUGAUUCACGGGAACCAAACAGAAUUUUAAAUUUCUCAGAUUCUGCAGAAAUCCAGCUUCCAGAUGAUGAUAAAGUCAAUGAAGAUGAAAACUGUGGUGUUUUAAAUAAUCAAAAAUAUGGAAUUAAUUCUUUAGCUCAGAUCAAAAUUGCUUCGUCUGCAAGCAGUAGUGAUAUAAAUUCAUUAGGAGCAAAGGCGAAUAGCAGUUCGUUAUUGGGUAAAUUGUGUUUUCAAUUAUAA